GUUCGGAUAGUAAUAUUUUUUGCUUCAUCUGCUAAUUUACCUACACACCACCUCGAACAUCUCAAUCAAACGCUAAAGAAGUUUGCAGAAGAACCAUACGAGCGGCUACCAACAUGAACAUGCCAAUGCCAACAAUGUCCACUGACUCCAACGCCACAAUGUCGGGAAUGAACAUGUCCACCAUGUCCAUGACCUUUUUCACUUCAACCACCACGUCUCUCUUUUCCGCAUCCUGGACCCCCACCACUCCAGGCCAAUACACAGGAACGUGUAUAUUCCUUAUUGCACUUGCAGCCCUGUUCCGCGCCUUGAUUGCUGUCCGUUUCAACUUGUUCACGUUACUAGCACAAGCGAAGGGACAACCAGAUAUUGAGCAUAAAGCAAGACUGGAAGAGAGACGCUGGAGAGCCGAUGAGGCGGUUUGGAUUGCAAGUCUCGAUGUGGUUCUUGCCGGGGUGUCGUAUCUGCUGUAAGUCCUUCCUCUUGCUUCUACGUUCUCUCUUGCUUCGCGAAACCGAUGUUAUUGCAAGAUCCGCAUAUUAACACAUCACCCAGCAUGAUAGCUGUCAUGACGAUGAAUGUUGGAUACUUCAUGUCGGUGCUCGGAGGCGUAUUCCUUGGAAGUCUGAGUUGUGGCAGAUUCAUGGCUAGAACUGCGGCGCAGUGAGAG